GACCAAAGAGUUUGUGAAAAUGUUGCAAACUUCAUUAUGGUUUCAAACAAUGCUGUUCCGAUGAAGUUAGAAAGUUCUGACAGAAGAUAUGUAGUUGUCAGAACGUCAGAUUCUCAUAUGCAAGAUACAGAAUAUUUUGACGACUUAGCAGAAACUUUGACAUCUGACUUUUACAACCACUUGUUCUCAUAUUUCAUGACAUUAGAUAUUUCUAAGUUCAAUCCAAGACAAAUUCCAUAUACCGAAGAGAGACAAACAUUGUUAGAAGCAAACAAGAGUGUUUAUGAACUGUUUAUAGAUGAAAACGACUUUGAGUGUUUAGAUGAAAGGUCUUUAUAUGAUGAAUAUAAACAAUAUUGUCAAGAGUAUGGUUAUAUGGCAGCUUCUAAACGAACAUUCUUGGCAAAUGUCAAAAAUCUUUUAGAUGUUCAGAACGGCGUAUAUACAAAGAAAAAUUUUUCUGAGUAA